AUGGCUACACCAAGGACACCCUCCGCUGCAUCGCAGCCGUUGCAUCUGCAUUCACGUGUCAAGGUCUCCAACCUCGGUCAUGGUGAAGUGCUCUUUGUUGGUCAGACUUCUUUCGCCGCGGGCGUAUGGGUCGGAAUUGAGCUCGACAAUCCCAACGGCAAAAACAAUGGGUCAGUGCAGGGCAAACGAUACUUUGAGUGCGAAGAUGGUCACGGAGUCUUUGUUCGCUCCAGUCAGGUCCAUCUUCUGUCACCGGAAGAGGAGAUGCACAGUUUCGAUGACGAGCCUCCAGCACGACAAGCGCCUGCCGCUACAUCUACACCGUCGGCCUCGGCAGCAGCACGACUCAGCCCACGCAAAAGUGUGGCAGCUACACCAGCCAGAGCACCAGUCCCACGUACCAGUCUAGCCCCCUCUGCCCGGCCAUCUACAGUUCGACGCACCAGCACAGCCAGCGUCGCCAGUGCUACUUCCUCAGCAUCAGUAUCACGACCGCCAACAGCAGCAAGUAUAUCUGCACCUACUGCCUCUCCAGUCAAGCCAGCGACAGGAGUCCGCUCUCCGGUCAAACCGUCUGUCACAGGCCGAACAUCCGUCUCCUCUGCCUCUGCACGUUCAGCCGCAGCCAGCUCCCUCGCGAGUCGCACGGGUUCGCCAAGCACACCAGCAGCGACGACACGAACUGUCAGACCUGGCGUCACUCCAAGCACUAGGACGCCGGCAGUCGGGUCCAGCGCAGCACGUACAGCCCCUCGGCCCCUGGCUGCUACCUCUUCAUCGGCGAAACCACAGACACCAUCAGCUGCGAGAGCAGGUCUCCGGCCGGUCCCCGCCAGCCGCCCUUCUAUGCUGGCAGGCGGCGCUCGAACAGCUACGUCGAGUCCAAGUGUUGCCUCAGCGUCUCGUGCCGCAGCAGCCUCUGCUCCUAUCUCACGCACAGGUAGCGCGACUGGCCCUGCUUCUCGAUCUGGCAGCUCGCUUGCACCAUCACGCCUGGGACCGAGGAGCUCAGCGGAAAGCGCUAUCAGCUCGGGACGUACAAGCGCCUCACAGCGACUCAUGGAUCUUGAGGACGACAACAGUGCCUACGACUACAACGAGGAAGAGGAUGACGAGGACCUUCUUGCGACUGAUUCGCCGUCUGCCGCUCACCUCACCCCCGGCUCCCGUCGUGCGCAUGAAGAUGUUGGUGAUACAGAUGAAGCUGAUCUGACGAUAUCUCCCGAUGGUCCCGACACAGGCGACGACACGGUUGCAGACUCCACACUACGAUCCACCAAGCUGCUCAACAAGUCGACACGCGACUUCAUGAGCUUAGUAGAACCAUCAUCUUCCACCGCAGCCGUUCGGUCUUCAGCAGAAUUCGGCGCUCUUCAGAAGCAAGUCGAAGAACUGCGUGCCAAAGUGCGCGUACUCGAAAAGAAGCGCGAUGACGAGCGAAACCGCAUCGCGGAGCUUGAGAAGCUCAAGGAGGAGGCCGAAAUGUCAAUUGCUGCUGCACCCAAGCUUACAGCCAAAGUACAAGAUUUGCAAGCGGAGCUCAAGGAUCAGAAGAAACUCGAAAAGGAUUGGGCCAUGCAGAAAGAUGACUUUGAGCGCCAGCUUUCGCGGCUCAACGAUGAGCUGGAGUCACUGACGCUCGAUCGUGAGAUGGCAGAGGAGAAGGCUGAGACAGCUGCAUUGGAAGCUGAGGAACAUCUUCUGUCGCUCGAAGCUGCUAAUGCGAAAAUUCAAGCGCUGGAGAAGCAUCUGAAUCCGCAUCUUCUGCGAAAGCGCGCUGCCAAGGUGGAUGAAGAUGGAGCAGAUGACGGCGAGCGUGACGAAGAAGCAGAGGAAGGAGACGAUGAUGCGGACGCCGAGUACUCUGCCGCUUCGGAUCUGUUGCAACGCGAGAAUGACCAGCUGCGCCGCGUUCUGCGUGACUUGCGAGACCGUUCCAACGAAAUUGAAGGCGAGCAAAGACGCAAGAUCAUCGAACUCGAACGCGAGAAUGCCGAAUUGAUCGAGCUCAACUCGACAAAUGACUCCCUUCUCCCCGAGUUGGAGAAUGCAGAGUCGAUGAUUGAAGACCUUAAGCUUCAGCUGGACGAUGCUCUUGGAGCGCAGGAUCUGGUGGAGCAACUCACAGAACGCAACCUUCAGCUGAGCGACCUUGUCAAGAAGCUUCGAGACGAGAUCGAAGAGCACGAAACCAUCGCCGAGAUCAACAACGAACUCGAAGAGCAGCACACGAUCAACGAAAAGGAACUCCGUGAAGAAGUCGACCUUUGCGAAUCACGCAUUCGUGAUCUGCAAGCGCGCAACGAGGGACUCGAAAACAACGCGGUCGAUUAUCAGAACACAUUUGCUCAAUUCCGCGAGCUGGUCUCGAACCUGCAGAACGAGCUGGAAGCAGCUAAAGCCGAACAAGCCCAGUAUGGGGGAGAAGGCGGACCAGGACGCCAAGAUCUGGCGGAUCAAGCGAUGCUCAAUCUCAACCUGAAGCUUCAGUCAAGUGCGCUGAAGAGUCAGGCUAAGACGAUCGAUUUGGAGCUUGGACGCCUGCAGGCUUCGCAGGCCACUUCGCACUUGGAGAUGGCACGUUCAUACUUGCCGAGUGCUUACUUUGCGACGGAUGCGGAUGCGGUUCAUUGCUUGCUGUUCUUCCGUCGUAUGGCGGUGAAAUCGGAGUUGAUCAAGUCGAUUGUGGAGACCAACCAUGAUAUCCAGGAGAGUUUGUCGGGGGUGGUGCCAGAGACCAUGGUCAGUGUUUGUCAGAUGCGUCAUUCGAUUGCUCACUUUAGUGCGCUUUCGAGACAGAUUGCUGCGGUGUUGAAAUUGGCGCCGACGGAGGUGUUUUUGCGUGGAGGAAGAAUGUACAAGGAGAACAUGGCGAUUGAGCGCAAGAUUGAUUCGUUUAUUGUCGCGCUAAGACGGGAGGAGCUGAAGGAGUUGGAAGCUGGUUUGGAGUUCGGUCGCUUUGUGAAGCAGUUUGAAGACUUUACGAUGGCUUUGGGUGGGGAUGAGAAUGAUAGUGAUCUGGCGGCGAAGGAGGUGGGAUCUGCGAAUCUUAUUGACCACGAUCUCGAUACACUCAUCGCAGCACUUGGAUAUGCUAAACAGCAGCUGGCUCAGCUGUACGCCGAUGACGACGUCGAGUGGGAGAUGGGCGGGAAGAAUAUCGAAGAUGACCUCUUCGACCCGCUGCAAGAACUCAUCAAUCGCAUUCGCAACACCAAGGUGCUUACUCGCAAAGUGCUACGCAGACUACUCAGUCUCGCUGAGAAUGACGAAGCAGUGCGAAUGGAAGCUAUCAUGCAUCUCCCGCCGCUCGGCAGACUUACUUCGCAACUAGUCACAUUCGCCACCCAACUCUGCAAGUCAGUUUCAACCUACGUCAGCGAAGUGCGCACUUCCAAAACUACGCUGGAGAUCAACAAAGUCAUCGACAUAGUCUCUGAAGCGACUGAAGAAGGACUCGGUAAAGCCGACGUCAAUCUGUGGUCGGGUCCCCUCUCCUGCACCUCUCAUCUCUCGACCACCAUCCAGACCGUGCUCAGCGCCAUCGUGGAGCAAGGAAAUGUCAUCCGAAUCGACGGUCCCGGACCAUGGCUCGCACGUUCAGAAGAGAUCAAAACCCAAAGCGCCCAAAACCCUGAACUUGAACGACAAGUCGCUAAACUCAGCGAAGACGCCCGUGAUCUCCUCCGCCAGGUCAAAGCUCGCGAUCAAGCGCUGCAAGAAAGCUCGAUUAAGAUUGAGCGUUUACAAAAGCAACUCGAAAAGUCGAAAGCGCAGGUUGAUCAGCAUUCUGAUAUUCGUAUGACGCUAGCAGAGACGCAAAAGCAAGCGAAAGCAUAUCAAGAGGCGAAUGACGCUUUGCAGACUGAGAUCGAGGCUUUGCAGAAGGAGAACGAUUUGUUGAAGGCAAAGGUUGUUGCUGUUCCGGCCGAGGGUGGGGAGAUGAUGGGUGAUGUGGAGAAAAGAGUGGUUGGUGUUGGUGGGAAAGGAGUACAGGAUGGAGGAGUGGAUGUUGGGGCAGGGUAUAGCAGUCUGGAGACAAGCUAUUUGGUGGAUCAGCUGGAAGCGUUGAAAGGAGCACUGAAGCAUCUUAGGAAUGAGAAUGCUGUGUUGAAGGGUAACACCUUGUUGCAGAGCAUUGAAGCGUUACCUUGUCUCACACGCCGAAAACGCGCAACAGUGGCGGAGAAGGAGGUGAGUGGGAAGAGCGGUGAUGAAAGCGAUACAAAGAAGAUUGGCGAGCCUGUCAAGCGUGCUUCUCUUCGCACCAGUACUACUACUGCUGCUGCCGUUGGUGGAGGCGGGAUGAGGAGCGAAGCGAAGAAGAUCUACACAAACGCACUAACGACGCUGGCCAUGUCAAGUGUGGUUGAUUUGAUGCCGGUCAGUAAAGCGGAGAAAGGUGGACAGGGUGAAGAGAAGGAGGAUGGGGUGAAGAGGGGAAUUGGAAGACCUUGGAUACCCUACCAUAAACAACCGGAGGUUCAGUUACACUUGCAGACGCAGACAAGGGUGAAGCUUUUAAGACAAUUGUCGGCUUUGUCGGAUCGGUUGGGGUCUGUAGCACCUGGGAUAGGAUUGCGGAGUGUCAAGGCAUGA